AUGACCGAGGCAACAAACACUUUCCGUCUACCCUCACAAUUAAAUGUCACAGAAGGGAAUGUGUCAGAAAACUUUAAAAAAAGGAAAAGGCAAGUUGAAAUAGAUCUUGUGGCCAGCGGAGCUGUAAAAAAGGAUGGUGCAGUCCAAGUAGCAAUAAUUUUGAAUUGUGCCGGUCCCAACAUUGUAGACAUAUUUGAACAAAUUCAAUGGACAGAGGGAGGUGAUGAAAAGAAACCCGAUAAACUUUUAGAAAAACUAGAGGCCUACUGUAACCCAAGAAAAAAUGAAGUUUUAGAGUCCCAUAGAUUUUGGAUGGUACCAUACCAAGAACCUUUUGACAAUUUCUUAACUGAAUUGAGAACUAGAGCAAAUUCCUGCAAUUUCCAAGAGAAAGAUCGUAUGAUGCGUGACAAAACUAUUUUUAGUGUCACAGGCAAACUUCAAAAACUUUUAUUGAGAGAGGACAAGAUAAACCUAGACAAGACAAUCAAAAUUUGUAGAGCUUAUGAACAAUCAAAUAAAAAUGUUAAGGAGUUGAGAGAAUCUACAAGUUCUACUCACACAGUCAAUAAAGUCACACACCAUGAUAAAUUCAAAAAGAAAGCUUACCAACCUGAAAGUAAUAGACCCCAAACAAGGUACCCUCAAUCACAGAGUAAAACUUCUUACAACACACAAACUAACAACAAAGAAUGUAAUUUCUGUGGUUACAAACAUGAAAGAAAAAAGGAAAAAUGUCCAGCAUGCGGAAAAACAUGCGAUGCGUGCAAAGGUAGAAACCAUUUUAAAGCUAAAUGCAAGAAAAUACACUCAAUCAGCUCAACACAAAGUGACCAAGAAGAAGAUGACUGCUGGUUGAAUGCUAUCACUGGCCAUACAUCUGAAAAUGUAAUUCAUGCACUAGGUGCAGAGUCUAAAAACAUUUCAGCUUUAAUGAAUGUAAAUGAUUGCGAUGUUAGAUUUCAAUUAGAUAGCGCAGCCGAUGUAAAUACGAUUUGUAAACGAUAUAUCCGUAAAGAACAAGUAAAACCAAGCACAAUCACACUGCGUAUGUGGAACAAAACACCUAUGAAACCAAUAGGAGAGGUACAUUUGAAAUUGAUAGAUCCGAAAAAUAGUGACGAAACCAUGGCAACUUUGGUCGUUGUGCCAAAUGGACAUAUGAAUUUACUAGGCCUGGAAACAAUCCGUAGAAUGGGAUAA